AUGAAAUGUGCCAAUAAUCGUAAUUUACCUCUAACCUCUAAAGUAGCUAAAACCAAAAAUCGUGUUAAUACUAAUAGCAGCAGCAGUAAUAAUUCUUUAUUAACAAAUGCUGCCAAUAUGAAAAUCACCAAAGCUAUAGUAAAUUCUAAACAAAAUCGUAAAUUAACAAAUAAAGGAUUAACUUCAUUGACGACAACAACAGCAAGUCAGUCAUUAUUAAAUAAUCUACAACAAUACCAAACACAACAACAGCAGCAAACGAACUAUGAAAGAGAAAAUGAAAUACAAGACAAAGGAUCAAAAGAAUCCUUUUUUAAUACAAAACAGGAACAGUUAACAAACUGUUUAAAUAAUGUUGGGCUACAGAAAGAGAUAGAAUGUGAAAAAGAGGGAAGAUCAUCCCUGCAACAGCAGCAAACACCGUUAAACUCCAUAGCCACAACAACAACGAAAGAGAGCAACAGGCAACAACAACAACAACUGCUACUACCAGCGUUUGUACACAAUGAGUUUUUAGGUUCUGCAACGGCGACAACGGCAACGAUCACCACCACACCAACUACGAAUUUGAAUUUAUCGUCUUUGGCUGCUAAGGCACCACAAUUCAUAUCAGUUGUCAACGAAACAUCAAACCAAACAGUGUUACGUACAUCAGCGACGAACAUAAACGAAGUACAAAAUACACAAAAUUUGAAAAACGACGAACAGACACCAAAGAUAAACACAAUUAUAACCACAACAGCAGCGUCUCCAACAACGAUAACGAAUAAUAAUUUAGCAACAACAGUCGCUAACAUAAAUGACGAAGCUAAAGAUCAUUAUCAUAAUAAAAAAUUCUCAAAUACGAAUAUAAAUGAGCAAAAAUUAGAAAAUUCUCAUAAAAAUUAUACAAAUAAUAACAAUAAUAAUAAUAAUAAAAGUGACGUUUCAGAAAGUGUUAACAAUAAUAAUAAAAACAACAAUAAUGAUAAUAACAGUGUUGAAACGUUAGCCAAUCAGCAAAAAUUAAUUAAUAAUACUAAUAGUGAUAAUAAUACCAAUAAAACAGUGAUAAAUCGUGUUAUAACUACAACAACAACAGCAACAACAUCAGCAGCAACACCCACAAAUUCAUUAGAAAAUUUAAAUGAUAAUAACACAACAACAACAGCAACAAAUAAUGCAAAAAAUCUUCUAAAUAAUAACAACAACAACAACACAGCUCCACAAAAUUAUCGUGGCGCUAAUAAUUCAGUGAUAAUAACAAAUUACAAUAGCAACAACAAUAAUAAUAAUAACACUAAUUCUCAAAUCCCACAAAGUUCUCUUUAUACAACAAGUGAAUAUAUAGCCACCGAUAAUAUACUCAAUGCCUCUAGCAAUGAUCCAUUAAAUUUGGCAGUUAUAGGUUCUACGGCACAUUUAACAUCACAACAACCCUCACCCUUAACUGGAGCCCAAUUGCAGGCGCAAUUACCACAACAUCACCCCUCUAAUACGGAACAUUGGUUAAAUUCUUAUAACUCCUGUGCCUAUGAUUUAUCUUUGAAUCAUACUCCCUCUAACGGAGAUAAUACGAAUAAAGAUUUAAUAAAUCUGCAGCUUUUUUCGCCGUUGGCUCAAUUACAUCAUACGGCGGCCCAUCAUAAUCCCCAUCAUUCAGCUAGUACAGCCUAUUUUACCAGCUCGGGUCAUUUAAUAAAUCCUGCCAAUAGCAGUAGCGUUACUCCUUCUACCACCAAUUAUUUACACGACGACAAUAUGCGAUCAAAUCUAGGACUCUACACCACCACCUAUAAUCCUCAUCACGAGCUUGUGCAUCAUCAUCAUCAUCCUUUAAUGGGUGUGCAAAAUGUUAGUGCCUCUGCUCAUACACCAACCAGCAUAGAUGAGGUUAUACAGGACACUUUAAAAGAUGAAUGCCUGGAAGAUCAUCAUACUGGUGUUAGCUAUUUAACACUUUCAAGCUCUGUUGAUGUUCAAUCCCUAAAGGAUUCCUAUCAUUCGGCCAAUUUAACCGAAUUAACACAUUUACCCUCUAUUGCUCCCGCCCAUUUGCAAAGCUCUUCACCGCAUCAUCAUUUACAGAGUAUACAUCAUUUACAUCAUAAUAAUUCGGCCAGUUCGGGUGCUGAAUCUCCUUCACCUUCAUCGGCUUUAUCGCAGUCGGGUGAUAUGGCUACUUUGCAAAGUUUUACCCAGUUAACGAAUGCCAGUGCUGCGGGUCAUCGUGAUAUCUAUACUAUGUUGACGGGACCCGAUCAAUCGCAGCUGUUCAAUUUCACCUCACCACCUUCACCGGGACUAUCGAAUAGUUCAGUGUAUGCGGCACCUUUGCUAGCGUCAGCAGCCAAUGGCAUGCAGUAUGGUAUGCAGUCAACAGCCUCAGCUUCAACACCUCCGCCAACAGCCUCACAACAUCAUAGCUCUGGUUCAGGUGUAGCCACUACAUCGAGUCAAAGUAAUCAUACUACCGCUGGGGCUUUAACAACUAACUCCAAUAACAAUAAUCUCAAUGAAACAAAUUCUCAUUCGGAUGACUAUGGUUCACCCAAAAGUACACAAAGUAAUGGUGCUGGUGGUGGUGGUGGUACUUUGCCAGCAUUCCAGCGUAUAGCCACUACUUCCUAUAAUCAAAAUACACAUGCUUCAGCAGUCGAUCGUUAUGGCUCCUUGACUAAUUAUAGAACUCAUAACGAUACUUGGUCUAGUCCUUAUGAGGCCAUUAGUUAUGCUCCCUCUUCGGUGGUGGGUAAUCAAGCUUUGAAUAAUGUCCUAACUGCCGCCAAUACAAAUGUUAUACGUUCCGCUGUUAAUGGUCGUACGGUCAGCUCAUCAGCUGAGGUAACAAGUCCUGCUGCUGCUGCUACUAAUUUAGUAGCAGCCCAUUUGUCGGCCUCUGCCUCAUUGUCAGCCAUGGCCGCUGAAUCAGGCGGGGAUUUCUAUAAGACCUUUCCGUAUACAAAUCGGAACAGCAACAACAACAACAGCACUACCAACAUUAAAGAGGAACAUGUUGUUAGUCGUGCUACUUCGCGACGUCUGAGUGCCUCUAGAAGGGCUGGUUUGACUUGCUCCAAUUGUUUGACUACCCAAACUUCUUUAUGGCGUCGUAAUCCCAAUGGUGAACCGGUGUGUAAUGCCUGUGGUCUCUAUUACAAGCUGCAUAGUGUUAAACGUCCCUUAACCAUGAAAAAGGAUACAAUACAGACUCGCAAACGUAAACCCAAAGGCUGUAAAGCCGAAAAAUUAUCGAAAAAGCAAGCUGCCGCAAAUGCAGCUCUUGCUGCGGCGUCUGAACAAUCUAUAAAUGCCUCAAAUAAUACUCUCAAUACUAGCACAGAAAGUGCCAACUUGAGCCUGCUCAAUGGCGAUCAUGAUAUUAAACCUUUAACACAACAAUUAUUAAAUGCAUCAACAUCAUCACUAACACAAUCGGCGGCUACAUCACCCACCAAUAGUAUAUCAUCGCCUUGUCAUAAUAACAAUAACAAUAAUCACAGCAUGAAUAUGUCACCAACAUCACCGUUAAUGCAACAACAACAACAGCAACAGCAGCAAUCACAACAGCUUAAUAAUAUGGGUAAUAUGUCACCACAGCAAUAUCAGCAACAACAUGCACAACAGCAGCAGCAGCAACAAAUGUCACCCAUAAUGUUUCAACAUCAUCAACAUCAAGCCUCAUCUGCCUCUUCAUCUCCCUCUAAUCAUUUAAAUUCUAAUAAUAAUAACAAUAACAAUACAACAACAUUUAAUCAUAAUGAUAAUGAAAAUUUGAAAUUUAUGCAAAAAUAUAUACAACAGCAACAGCAAGCGGAACAACAACAAUUAAUGAAUACAACCACACCACAGCAACAUACAACGAAUACGCUAAUGAAUCCUCAUUCACCCAGCAGCAGCAACAACAACACCACAUCACCAACAGCAGCAGCUGCCAACAAUGCAACUCCCAACAACAACAACAAUUCACAGACACAACAACAACAGCAGCAACAACAAUAUCUACAGCAACAAUUACACCAACAUCAUCAUCAUCAACAGCAGCAACAACUAUUAACAGCCAACAAUCCUCAUGGUCACCCAACCAAUCUACAUAUGGGAUCUAAUCAUCAUAGUCCUAUAAAUUCCUAUCAUCCCGAACCACCAACCAACUCACCACCCACCUCUCCUGUCUAUGAAACUUAUGGUGAAUUAUUACCUUCCUCGAAUGAUCCCAAUAACAGCAUUAAAAUCGAACAAUUACAUCAACAUUUGGCUGAAGAGCAACAACACCAGCAGCACCAACAACAACAACAGCAAAUCUUACACAGCCAUUUAAAUAAUAUGAGUCGUAGUCCCUCCAUGGAUGAUGAUUAUGAAUAUCAUCAAUUUUUACUACAACGUCAGCAACAUUUACACGAUUUGCAACAGCAACAGUUUUUGCAAUUCGUUCCACAACAUUUGCAUGAUUUUAGUCGUAAGUUCGAUAGGGAGACUGUAGUGAAAAUGGAAUAAUUUUAAAGAUGUUAUUUAAUCCGUUUCCAGUUGUUAGACUGGAGCUCGAAGGACCAUAUACAUUUUCAUUUCAGUCGUUACAAAACUUUGGUUUUUAUAACUUUUAAAAUUUCUAUUUUAAAAGAAAUGUUUAAACCCUUUUCUAGCUGAGGGAACUUAUAAGUAACACUUCGUAUAAAUAUUUUUACUAUAGAAAGUUCUUGGAGCAACUGAAAUGAUAUCUUAGUUCCGAAAGACUCGGUGCUAUAAAAUUUGCUUUCCACAAAAGGCUAUUUAUUGAAAAAAAAAAACUCUCAAAAAAUUCGAAUUAUAAUUCAAAAAACUCAAUUUUAAAGGUUAUGAGUUUCGAAGGAAUUCUAAAUUUUAACCAACUUUAUCUGGUUAUUGCCCAGGCAUGGAAAAUUAAGAUUUUA